GAAAGAAAGAAAGAGAUGCUCAGGCGUCAUCAUGUAUAUUUCCCGGGAGUGUAGUGCAUGUGGCACUGUGACUGCACACGUCACUAGGCGAAAUCGCACCUUGGACAGCGACAGCGUCGUCUGUCAAUACAACAGCCGAACGGAAUCUGCCCUCCCCACCCCUAACUACAGGGCUCCAGAGAGGGUGCAUCCAUACCAUACAGAAGAGACAGACUAAUGGCCGUAGAGAAGAAAAUGAUAAAAGUACACCAGUGUCAUGCAGUUUUUCAUUCUUGUAGGCUAGUAUUAAUUCCGGAAGUAGGUGCUGCGUUGGUUCACUAUCAAAGUCGACCAUUUCGAGGAGGAAUCAGGCAGCGCGAGAAAGCAGUAGGCUAUCAUCAUCAUCACCAUCUGAGAGGCUAGGCUACAAUAUCAAUGGCAUUAGGCUACUGCUGUAAUUGCCCUCUCGGAUGUGUAGACAUCUCCAUCGGUCUGUAAAUUAGAAGAUUGCAGCAACUGUUGUUUUGAAUUCUGGUCUGUUAUUCUCAAAUUUCGGUGCACCAUAUUUUCAACGCAAAGAUUGAAGACACCGAAGAGAAAUGCUGAUGGCUAUCGAAUGAAGGUGGGAUGUAUCGCUGUUUUGAGUGGAUAUAUUUACAGAUAUAUUUAACAUGCAAAUUCACUGGAUUGCAAAUUGGAUCCACUCUGUGUGGACGUCGGGUUGAAUGAGGUGGACCAUUCUUGAUGGAUCAAUCCAAAACAUUACAGAGGUGGAAUAGAAAAGAAAAAACAUGAUCUGACGGUUGGGAUGCUACUAAGGAUAAUUAAAAACACGAUAUAAUCACACGUCUUACAUCUAACUUUCAUUAUAUCGUCUGUCCGCACACUUUGGGAUUAUGCUUCUUGACAACAGUCCCAGAUAUGACUGUGGGGUUGGACAUGGAAUGUUUUUAUUUAUUUUUUACAUCUCGUUCUAUUUUAUGUCUCUCCGUUGUUCACUCUUCCACUAGUCCACGCUGGCAUGUCUUCUGCUGGGUGUAGCAAACAUAUAUUUUUUUGCUGCAAACCCCAAAUGCAAAGUAUUUGAUGAUGUGUAUAAUUUAGAUCGAUAGUGCAGGCAAUGGACGAUAUAGGCCUAUCACGUAUUUGUGGUGGUAGGGGUGGAGGAAGAAUCUAGCUUGACAGCAGUUGUUUUCGUAAUGAAUAUUGAGAGAGUGUAUCGAGCUUCUCAAGAGGGAAAUCUCUCAUCUGCAUUGUCUUAGACACACAUGCCAUCAGACAACAACCAAGACGUGGUCAUUUAUUUCUUACCAUUUGACAGAGCAUUUACAGUAGGGUGAGCCUACAAGUUUUGUAAGCUCAUCAGUGGUACUAUUCAGAAAAUGUUUAGGUAAAAUCCCCUAAAUAAUAGCAUGUGCAGCACAAUAAUUGGCUAAAGAUAAUAGACGUAUAAUAAUAAUAAUAACCCUUCUCCUAAAUCAAAGGUAUAUUUAAUUUUUUCUUGAGACCACCUUAUUUUCAAAUUGGUUUCAUUCCCUUCUGAAUAAUUAAUGUAGCCAAACAUGUUCAAAUAUAGGAUCCGCAUGUUUUUCAACGAACUGAAAGUACUGGUUUUUAUGCGAGACGAUUCGAGACAGCCUGAACGAGCCGAAGCAGAGAGACGGUCCAGCAUGCGGGGUCUUGGGAUGGGCGGCUGCGGCUGGCCUCCCUUUGUGGACUGCUCCUCCCGGGAUGACGAGGAGGAGUAUUACGGGACGGAUCCUCGGCCUCGGAGCCUGGGCUUUGAGGAGAAGGACCCCAAACUGCAAGUGGGCCUGGAUGCCGUGUCGCUCACCAGCACUGCAAGCAGCCUGCGCUGUCGUAUCUGCUUUCAGGGUCCGGAGCAGGGAGAGCUGCUGAGCCCAUGUCGCUGUAAGGGUUCUGUGCGCUGCACCCACCAGCCCUGCCUCAUCCGCUGGAUCAGCGAGAGAGGCUCCUGGAGCUGUGAGCUUUGCUACUUCAAGUACCAUGUCCUGGCCAUCAGCACCAAGAACCCACUGCAGUGGCAGGCCAUCUCCCUGACGGUGAUCGAGAAGGUCCAGAUCGCUGCCAUCAUCCUGGGCUCCCUGUUCCUCAUCGCCAGCAUCUCCUGGCUCGUUUGGUCCUCCCUCAGCCCCUCGGCCAAGUGGCAGCGCCAGGACCUGCUCUUCCAGAUCUGCUACGGCAUGUACGGCUUCAUGGACAUCGUGUGCAUCGGGCUUAUAAUCCACGAGGGCUCAUCAGUAUACCGAAUAUUCAAGCGAUGGCAGGCUGUCAAUCAACAAUGGAAAGUAUUGAACUAUAUAAAAGCCAAUGACUUGGGGGACCCGUUGAGUAGCAGUAAGGGUGGGGGUCGGGGCUCACGGAGUAACCCCCAUGGCUUGGGUAGUGGCGGCAGCAGGAGACAGAGUCGGAGGUUCAGGACUAUUCUGGACCACCACUGUGGCUACACCAUCCUUCAUAUUCUGAGCCAGCUACGGCCACACAACCCACGUAUCGGCUCCUCGGCCAACCGGGAGGUGGUGAUGAGGGUGACAACGGUAUGAAACUGAGCGUGGAAGGGGUGGAAUGAAGGGAUAAAGCAGGGUAUUGUUUUUUUUCUGGGUUCUGGGG